AUGCACACAGCCGCGGUGGAGCUCCCGCACAUUUGUUUCCCUCCCUUCGUUAUUCUAUCCACGCAAGUCCGCGAGGCGACCAAGGCCGGAAGCGAGCAUGGAAGUCGAGAGAAGCAGCACCGACGCCGCAAGGGACCCGGCGCCGUCGUCGUCCUCGUCGCUGGCCGACCUGGAGACCGCCAAGAGGCGGCCGCGGCGGCUUCCAAGCCGCCCAAAGAGCUUCGUGCCAGCCGUCUGCGUCCUGGCCGCGACGGUGCUCGCAGUCGUCGUCUUCUCCGCCGACUCGCCCUGGUCCUUCCUGCAAGAGGCAAGGAGCAGAGAGUGGGCAUGGACGUCGUCGCGCCGGAGAUGGAGAAACACGAGGCCGCGGAAGGCGACAUGGAGUCAUCAGAUCCCGCGCUCGCCGCGGGGCCGCGCGAGCACGAGCUGGAGCCCGUGGGGCGGUGGCAGGACGAUCUGACGGUGCGCGGCAUGGUGGCAGCGCUGCUCAUCGGGUGCAUCUACACCGUCAUCGUCAUGAGGAUGUCGCUCACCACCGGACUAGUGCCCACGCUCAAUGUCUCCGCCGCGCUGCUCUCCUUCCUCGCGCUCCGUGGCUGGACCAGCUUGCUGGACCGCUUCGGCAUCGUGUCACGACCCUUCACCCCACAGGAGAACACCAUCGUCCAGACAUGCGGCGUGGCCUGCUACACCAUCGCUUUCGCCGGUGGGUUCGGGUCAACCUUGCUGGGUCUAAACAAAAAGACGUACGAGCUCGCCGGCGACUCGGUGGCCAACGGGCCGGGGAGCUGCAAGGAGCCAGGGAUUGGCUGGAUGACGGCAUUCCUCUUUUCUUGCUGCUUCGGUGGACUCCUCACCUUGAUUCCCCUUAGACAGGUAUUGGUCGUCGACUAUAAAUUAACUUACCCUAGUGGGACGGCAACUGCAGUUCUUAUAAACGGCUUCCAUACCACCCAGGGAGACAAGAAUUCAAAGAAGCAAAUACGUGGGUUUCUGAAAUACUUUGGGGGUAGCUUCAUAUGGAGUUUCUUCCAGUGGUUCUACACCGGCGGCGAUGCUUGUGGGUUUGUUCAGUUCCCUACUUUUGGUCUCAAGGCCUGGAAGCAGACAUUUUUCUUUGACUUCAGCAUGACAUACGUCGGCGCUGGGAUGAUUUGCCCACAUAUAGUAAAUGUUUCCACCCUCCUAGGUGUAAUUCUUUCAUAUGGAAUAUUGUACCCACUCAUCAGUAAAAACAAGGGUGAUUGGUACCCUGCAACUGUAAAAGAGAGCAGCAUGAAAAGUUUGUACGGCUACAAGGCCUUCAUAUGUAUCGCUCUUAUCUUGGGGGAUGGACUCUACCAAUUCAUCAAAAUUAUUAGCAUCACUUUUAAGGGCAUGUAUCGACAAUUUAGCCGUAAGUAUAUCAAUAAUAGAGCGAAAAAUAUGGACAAUACGGUCUCACUCGAGGAUAUGCAGCGCGAUGAGGUCUUCAAGAGAGGCCAUCUCCCCGCUUGGAUGGCAUACUCUGGGUAUGCCGUGUUAAGCGUCGUUGCAGCGAUUACCACGCCAAUAAUGUUUCGACAAGUGAAAUGGUACUACAUAGUUAUAGCCUAUGUCGUAGCCCCCAUGCUUGGAUUCGCCAACUCUUACGGCACAGGGCUUACUGAUAUCAACAUGGGGUAUAACUAUGGGAAGAUUGGACUCUUCGUCUUUGCAGGUUGGGCUGGCAGGGACAAUGGUGUCGUUGCAGGCCUUGUUACUGGUACAUGUGUGAAGAAGUUGGUUCUUAUAUCUGCAGAUCUGAUGCAUGACUUCAAGACGGGUUAUCUAACAAAGACAUCACCAAGAUCCAUGAUGGUGGCACAGGCCAUUGGUACGGUCAUGGGCUGCAUCCUUGCUCCCCUUACGUUCAUGCUCUUCUACAAGGCAUUUGAUAUUGGCAACCCAGAUGGUUAUUGGAAGGCGCCGUAUGCAUUGAUAUACCGUAAUAUGGCAAUACUUGGUGUGGAGGGGUUCUUGGUGUUGCCGAAGUAUUGUCUAGCACUCUCUGGUGGAUUCUUCGCAUUUGCAGCACUCCUCAGCAUCGCAAGAGAUGUCAUGCCACACAGAUAUAGCAAGUAUGUGCCCAUACCCAUGGCCAUGGCAGUCCCAUUCCUUGUCGGCGGGAGCUUCGCAAUUGAUAUGUGCGUCGGAAGUUUGGUGGUUUUUGUCUGGAACAAGAUAAACAAAAAGGAGGCUGGUUUCAUGGUCCCUGCGGUUGCAUCCGGUUUGAUAUGUGGGGAUGGAAUAUGGACAUUCCCUUCUUCCAUACUUGCCAUUGCCAAGAUUAAACCACCAAUUUGCAUGCAGUUUACACCUGCACCCUAG